CACAUUUCUUCCUAAAACAACAAAACUAGAAAAAAAAAAUUAUUUCUAAUUUGUGGGGAAAAUUCUACAGAAAAAUCAAUAAUUUCAAAAUCAAAAUCUUGAAAAAUAGGAAAAAUCGAUAAUGUCAGUGUCGUCAGAAGAUCAUUCGGAGGAAAGUGAAUUUUCUGACGUUGCACCAUGUAAACGGGAGAUUCAUACGUACAAUUGGGUGAAAAAAUAGGGAACCCGUGUAGUUGAGCAAUAUUUCGAUUGUGAGCCAUUUCCACUGCUUGAUGAGGAUGCAAAUGGAGAAUAUUUGAGCAAUCGGAGACAUGAAAAUAUGGCAUUACCAUCACCACGUGGCAAGGAUCCACACGUGCUGAAUAGUCAUUUGCUCGUCGAGCAAGUCUACGAAAAUUCCAUCCCAAAACUGUUAGUAUCCGAGGAGGAUCGUGGAAGAUGGUUUACAACAAUGGCUGGACUCAAUAUUUCCCAUGCGAUGAGUUUUCCGUUUGUUAUGAUGAGAUUCGGAGGAUAGAAAUUACUUCCUGAUUCCAUUCCUAACUUGUACACUCCUUAUCACUCUACCCAUCAACUACGCCCAGUAUACCAUCGGACAAUUCACCAACUGUCCGCCUAUCGUGCUCUACAGCCGGAUGGCUCCGAUUUUCACGGGAGUUGGAAUAAUGGUUACUAUCGUACAAUACAUUGUGUCAUCAUCUAUCCGAUUUGAUCAUCGAUUCAUUUCCAUGGCAUUUGAGUUUGCUUAUUCACUGUUGACAAAUCGAAAUGCGGUUUUCGCGGACUUUCUCCGAGUAGAGGCAUUUUAAACGGUUACGCGCCAAAAUGCAGAGAAAACGAGAUUUUCACAGAAAACCGGUGCCGACCGGCGGAUUUCCAUCGAUACGGGUACCUGCAUACAGAUAGGACAUAUCUUCAGGAAAAGCUGAGAUAUGAUCUCCAGUCGGACCCAAUAAUUGCCAAAUAUGCGACUGCUCAGUCGCCGCCGGUUAGAGUAUUCGACCCGGCCUACCAACACGCUCACUUCAUUUCCGCUGCAAUCGUUUUAUCGAUUUUUCUGUUUCUGUUGAGCCUACUUGGAGUCCGAAAGUUCAUCUGUGGAUAUCGAAACUACAUUUUCUUCGGAACAAUUCUCGUGUGUGCAGUUGUUCUGCAAAUUAUUAUCGGGGAAAACGAGCGACAGGCGACUAUGCUGAUUGUGGCUGUUGGAAACGAUUUUUUGAAAAUUCUCGAGUGGAAAACCUGGACAAUCGCUGCAAUUCAUAGUAUGAUAAUGUUUUGCACAGCAAAUGGAACCUAUAUAGCAAUUGGAUCGAUAAAUAAAUUUUCGAAUUGGUGUUUUGUGGACCUGAUAUGCGCCAAAGUUGUCGGAUUAUUUAUGCUUGUACUGUUUGGACUGACUUUUGGAAUGGCAGCCAUUAUUGGGGCGGAGGCAAACUUUUCGAAGUUUGAGAAACGAUCAUUAACAGUCGAUGAUAUCAGGGUCCUAAUCCACAAUGAGAAGAACAUUUUCGAGUACAUCUGCGUGUUUUUUUCCAGUCUAUGGCGAAGAAGUUGUUAAUGAUGAUUCUCCUAGCAGAAGGAGCCGUGAAUACCAUCUACAGAUGCUUCAAAAGUACCGCCCGUCUUCCACAAUUUGUGAUGCGCUACUUGUCACUGCUCAUUCAUUGUAGUUUGAUGCUUUUUACACAUUUGCUUUUAUUUAAUUCCCGCCAGAUUGCCUUCCUGGUCCCGCCUUACGUUGCAUUUGCCCAGAUUUUUGCAUUUUCAGUGAUUAGUUUCAAGAAUUUGUUUGUGGUAUUUGCGACAAUAAGCAUGCGGAGACGUGGAUUUUUGUACCGAAUUCGAAAAUAUUUGAAGCUUUAUUAUCAAUUCCUUCUUCCCGGCUUACUUUUGGGAAUGAUCCUCUACGACGUCUACCACAACGGAACUCGGCUCGUAAAACUGACUCUGGCUCCAGUGGUCCUUGUCGCGUUCGCCCAACUUUUGAGAUACGGCUUUAACUCAAAAAUAUCGAAUGCUUGGAAACCGACACAGAAAUUCAAACCCACUUUCAAUCAGGAUUUCUUGGAGUUUAGGAAGCAGGAGAAGGCGUUGCAAGGGAAAACGAGACGCAAGGAGCAGAAGAAGAACAUUCAGUGGAGGGAUUUGAUGUUGAAAACGAAGAAAAAUUAA